GUUGCCGGGCUGCAGCUCCAAGGCACAAGUGGGUCUGAGGCAGGAGCGGCUGCGGCGGCGGCGGCAGCCGGUAGCGUGGACUUGAGGAAGACUGGGGGAACCCCAUGCUUCCGGAGCCGGCUGGCUCCCCGGCACUUUCCUCCUCCGCCAAAACUUUGGGUCGAGAGAGGUGGGGGCGGGGGGCGCCAAGGCAGUGUCCCGUCAGCGGGAGGCUGCGGGCGGACCUGGGGAGUACCUGGCCAGCCAGUGCCAGGCUGCGUUUGCAACCAGCACCUCUGGGCACACUGGCAGCGCCACCCGGGAGCCGGGGCGCGGGCUGGAGGAGCCCCAUGAAAACAACAACAGAGCCCUCACGCCAGCGGGGGCUCUUUGCAGCCCGUGGAGCCCCAAACUUCGUUGCGGCGAAAUUAGCAUGGUCUUGGCUGCCGAGGAGGUCACUAUCAUAUGACAAAGGCUUUGCCACAGUUCAUUGUCCUCCCUGUGUACUUUCCAUUUGCCUUCCUGGCCCGGACAUUUCCAGCAACAGGGAGAAACUGUGCCAUGGGCGCAGCAGCCUAGAGAGGGCUGGAUGGGGCAGGAUUUCCAGGGUCCUGGCUCUGCUUCUCCCCUUCACCCUGGAGCCAGAGGGAUCCAAGAGCCAAGCUGCAUCAGCAGGUGGACUCCAGUCUGCAGACUACCAUGCUGAUGCCGGGAGGUCUAUGACCCGCCACACCUUCCAUGACAACCGGCCACUCAACACCAUCUCCCGGAUUUCGAGCGGCUCUGACAUCCUCCUUACAGAUCCUGGUGCACCCACAGGUCGCAGGACAACACAAGCUGCAACAGAGACGAGGGUCCAUACUAAGUAAACAUAAAGUGCACACUGGCUGAACUUGGCAAGCUGAUGUCAGAGAUGCAGGCCGCUCCAGCUCAUAGAAACCCCACUUCCUGUUCCUCUUCAAGCUUGAUUGGUGGAUUCUCCCCCUUCCCUCCCCUGAUUGGAUGGGCCUG